AUGCAGUCGAUGGUGCCGCUGGCUUGCUUCCUCUCAAUCAUACGUCCCCCGGGCGUGCAGUACGAGAACGCGCUGCUGCAGAUCGCGCCGGUGGACAAGGCUAAGUGCCCCUUCGUCAAGCACCACGCCGACAUCACCUUCCAGCUCUUCACCAGACACAACCCGACAGCAUACCAGGAGUUGUCGCCGGGAGACGACGAGCGGCUGUUCGCGUCCAACCUGGACUGGGGCGCGCGCACACUGCUCUACUUCCACGCCUUCAUGGAGCAGCCCGACGACGGCAGCGGCAUCAUGGUGCGGGAAGCGCUCAUGCAGCGCGGCGACACGAACGUGAUAAUGGUGGAGGCGUCGCGGCUGGAGGCGGGCCCGUGGUACUUCACGGCGGCGCAGAACACCUGGUACAUCGGCCAGUACGCCGCCAACUUCAUCGACUACCUCGUCUCCAGAGGUCUGCAGCUGAACAACACCGUACUGGUGGGACACAGCCUCGGCGCGCAGGCGGCCGGCGUCGCGGGCAGCGCGCUCACGUCAGGUCGCGUGUCUCGCAUCACGGGGCUGGACCCGGCGCUGCCGCUGUUCUCGGGGCUGCCGCUGGCGCAGCGCCUCGACCCCGGCGACGCGGACUACGUCGACGUCAUACACACCGACGCCGGCAUCUUCGGGUACAAGGAGCCGAUAGGCCACGCGGACUUCUUCCCGAACGGCGGCAAGAGUCCGCAGCCGGGCUGCGAGCUCGAGGUCGUGCUGCCGCAGCAGCUACUGCUCAACAAGUGUGACGGCACUGAGCGCACGCGAGGCUUCUACUCGUACUACCUGACAUCGAGCCCACUGCCUUCACACUACAGUGAACAUACCACCGACAACCAGAUACAACCGAUUGAAACCAGUACCAAGCAAGCAGAGCUAGGUGCUUUUCCGUAUGGAAAACGCAUGACAAAAGAUAAGAAAAAGUCUAAUAUUCACACAGAUGUGAAUACACGUCACGCACACACUGACAGCAAUCUCCGUAAGAAACGCGUCAAACGAAACAUUACAGACAGGCACACAGACAUAGAACUUGUAAAGAACGAUACGAGCAAUGACACAGACAUCGAAAGACGCACAACAUUGGACGAUACUGUAUCAGACAAACAUUCAAAUAUCGAACAAAAAGCAAAACAAAAGAAGACACCAACACAAGCAAAGAAAUCAAUAAUAUCGCAAGACAACAGACACGCGAAGAAGCGACAGAAGCGCUUCCUUCAACUGUUUCGCUCGGACGAUAACAAAGACGACAGCUUCAUAUUCCGCGCGCUGAACUUCCUCGUGAAGAACCGGAAGAGCGUGGUGCCGCUAGUGAGCGUGGCGCGUGACGUCAGCACACUCGUGCGGAGCGGCCGCGGCGAGCUGAGCCACGCCACCAAGGAACAGAGCAACUACGUGGGCUUCAUUCCGUCCGAGCUCCCGCCCAUCUCUUACACGCUCGAGCUCGGCAACGAGAACAGGGCGAUGGCGUUUAUAAAGAGACUGCUCGGGUUGAGUCCUAAGGGCGACCGUCUGACUAUCGGCAGCGGAUGA